AUGCUCUUGCUCCUGCAUGUGCUCACGGCAUUAGUGGUCUAUGUUGCAGGAACCGCUGAUUCAGCAAUCACUGGAGGGGAUCUAGCUGACGUUACUACUCGCCUUACGUCCUCUGCAUUUCCUCGCACGCCAGCGACUCAUCUCUCCGCGCAAAGGCUUAAAAAACCACACGAGAAUGCUGUACUCAAGAUCAAACACGGAGACCAAUUCAAUGAGGGGAGGUUCAUAUUUCCGCUAGGUGAGGAGAUAGCACUCCGUGUUGGGGUUAGUCGCCUCAUUGGUGAUUUCGAGACUACGAGGAUCGUCCGCAACAUCGUGGACGGCAUGCAAGAGGAGAAGAUUGUCAAGGGCUUCAGACUUUUUCGAAUGAAAAGGUUCGUGACGCUGCUGAGUGACUCAUUUAAAUCUGCUAACUGCGAGUGGAAUUAUGGUAAGGUGGUCAGGGCUUUGACACCGGUGUUCUUUGAAGCUAAAGAUAGUUUAUAUUAUCAUGUCGCACCUGAAGACUUAGUUGACGCCUUCUUAUUGCUUCGAGAAGAGCCUGGCAUGAAAGCACACGCGGACCUCUUGCUGAGAAGUCUGCUUGACGAGGUCAACUCCCACGCUGAGAAAAGAUUGUUCCAGCGGUGUCUAGCGUUGAAUUUGACCCCUGAAGCUGUGUUUGAGAUGUUGCCGCUUGGCCGUCUUAUCAAGCUAUCGGAUGUUUUGGAGGAACUCGGACCAGAACAUUUCAAGGACUAUACGGAAUGGUUGCUCGUUCCGAUGGUUCAGUACAUCGACUUUUAUCGAGCGCAUCACGAGUACAGCCUAGAGAACGAAAAGAACUUACUUCGGUUUUAUUGGAGUCAAAUAACUGGGUGA